GAACUCCUACUUUCAUUACUCUAGUUGUUAUUUUCUACUGUGUCAGUGCAUUUAUAUACAAUAAGCAAAAUAGUUAUUUAUCGUAGGAGGCUAAAACGACCAUUUUCUUCAAGAUUAUAUUCAUGAAAAUAUUAGUUUUGUGAUUCAACAGUGACAUCGUGCGAUGAUCUUGAAACGUCAAACUUGGUGAGAAGCUGUCAAACAAGAAGCCAGUUAAAAGGAUAUGUUCAUCUCAUUGACGUCAAAGAAUACGUCAAGUUUUUGUGGAAGACAACGCGAUUGUGGAUUUUCUAAAUAUUUUCAUUAUAACCUCUCGAGGUCAUAACCUUAAACUUUGAGGGACGUUAAACCUUGGGACGAUUUUCGUAUUAUAGUUAUCGAUCAUUUUGCAGGUUAUCAUUCAACUAAACGUGUCGCAAAAAAAACACCAAUUCGCGUGUCGUCGUAUCAAUCUACUGUAAUAAUGAUUUAUUUACGUGACAAAGGAGAACUUUGUGAUAAUUAAUCUCGAUUUCUAAUUUUUCCAAAGCUUUAUAUGACAAGUGUUGAUUAUAACCCCAGUGUUUGAAAAAUGAGUUCCGUUUGGAAAAGACUACAAAGGGUGAACAAAAGAGCUGCUAAGUUUCAAUUCACGGUUUCCUAUCACGAGGUGACCCUUGAAACUACCACACGAUGGAAACCAAAUAAAUUAAGUGUUGUUUGGACGAGGAGAAGUCGUAGAGUUAGUUCUGAUCCAUUAGAAUGGGAACCAAGUCUGAGUAAUCCUCUAAAAGGUGCUGUUAUUUGGUCAGUGCCGGACAAUCAUACUGUUUCUGUAACUUUAUUCAAAGAUCCUAGGACUCAUGAAUUAGAAGACAAGGACUGGACCUUUGUAAUAGAAGAUGUCUCACAUACAGGCAAGCGUCGUCACGUGGCUGCUGCUAAUAUAAACAUGAAAAAAUACGCGUCGCUUGAAUCUAGUCAACAACAACUUAAAUUUGAUUUAAAACCUACCUCCAAAAAAAUUGUCAGCGCUACUUUAGAAUGUACAUUAUCAUGUGUGUUCUUAAGAGAGGGCAAGGCUACGGAUGAGGACAUGCAGAGUAUGGCUAGUUUGAUGUCAGUAAACAAUAAUAGUGAUAUCGCUCCUCUGGAUGAUUUUGACAAUGAGGAUAUUCCUGAGGAUGUCGAGGAAGUAUCUAUUAAAAAUAUGGACGAAAUACUGGAUAUUUCUGCUCAAUUAGAUCUAAUGACAAAUAGCCUUACGGAAAGUGAAUUACCAAGUACACCAAUAAGUGUGGCGAGUUUAACGAAGGACGAAACGACUCCAGUCAAUGAUCAUUAUAUUAUUCGUGAUCAUAAUAAUUUAUCGGGAAUAAAAAGUUUAAUAAAAGAUUUAUCACCACCAAAGGAAAAAAUUAUUUUCGAAAACGCGAAAAGAAAUGAACACAAUGUGUCCUUGAAAUUGCCAUUGCGACCUUUGGAUUUAAAGAAAGGAGAUACAGGUGUAUUAAGGUUGAAAGAAAUUACACCUGGUCAGGAUUUGCUUGAGUGGUGUAAGGAGAUGACUAAAGAUUAUUCCGGAGUGAAAGUAACAAAUUUAACAACUUCUUGGCGUAAUGGAAUGGCUUUUUGUGCCAUUAUUCAUCGCUUUAGACCAGAUCUUAUAGAAAUAGAUUCCUUAUUGCCGCAUGACGUGAAAGGGAAUUGCAAAAAAGCGUUCGAUGCCGGGGAAAAUUUAGGAAUUCCUAAGGUUAUUGAACCAGCAGAUAUGGAUAUUUUGACUGUACCUGAUAAAUUAGCUGUGAUGACAUAUUUGUAUCAAUUGAGAGCACAUUUUACUGGUCAUGAAUUGGAGGUACAUCAAAUUGGUAAAACAACAGAUGAGUCCUCAUAUAUGAUUGGACGUUUUAAUACCGACAAUAAAGCGGACGUGAGUGUUCAGCUUUUUGGACAAGAAAUUAUUAAUUUACGCAAAAAGGAACAGAUUGAACAGAGAAACAAUAAAUCAGAAAGCGGAAGAUGGUCUAAUCCAUUUGAUUUGAAGAAAGAAGACAAUAUUGAUUCUUUGAAGAGUCGAUUGCACUUGAGUUUAAAUACGGAUAAUCAAGACCAUGAGAAUAACAAAGAUAAAUCACCUUCAAGUGUAAAAGAAGUAAAGGAUAUAAUUUUAGCGAGCUCUAAAAGUAUUCUUGGAAAAGUUCUUUCACCAACUAAAGAGAAAUUCGCCUCAAGAGAAAAGAGUAAAUCUCCACCGAGAAGUGCGCAAAUACAACAACGUCCGAUUCUUAUGACUCGGCGACAAUUAACUGAUCCUUUCGGUAGCGAUGAUGAAGAGGAAAACAUACAGAUCGUUGAUGAUAAAAUAUCACGAUCAAUUUCUGCCUCGAAACUCUCAACAUCUUUACAAGAUAGCUUGCUUUUUUCGCCUGACAAAGGACCUCGAGCUCAAUCAGAGACGCGAGUUCUAUCGCCUUCUAAGGAUGAACAUCAUGGACAACAUCCUCUAGUUACCCGUCAUGACGAGCUUAGAGAACGAGCGAGAUUGCUUUUGGAACAAGCAAGAAAUCAAUCCAAGUCUGGUCUUAGUUCUCUAGCCACGAGCCCUGUUGAGCAAAGCGACGAAGAGAGACAACAGCAAUUGAGAGAACGCGCAAGACGAUUAAUUGCCGAGGCAAGAUUGGGAGUCACUGUUUCGAGUAAUCAAAUUACUGAUGACAAUAACAGUGAUCGAAGAUCAACUGAUGAUCAAAAUAAUAGUCCUAGAAGAAGCAUGACACCCUCAACUCCUGGUGAUCGAAUUAGUAUCAAGUCGGAACACAAUGGAAAUAUUUUAUCAAGUACUCCAGUGUCUGACGGUGAUAAAAAAUGUUCGAGUCCACUUUAUUCAUUUUCGAAAAUUAUGGAAAGAAUUUCCCCAGAAAAAACUUAUCCAGAUGGUGGUCCUUACGUUUUACGAGGGUUGGGAAAAGAUAUGACUUCGUAUAUUCAGAAUGAAUUAGAAGCUCUGGAAAGAGAACAAAGUCAAAUCGAUAUACAAGCUGCUAAACUUGAGAAACAAUUGCGAGCUGCUAUGGAAAGUGACAAUGAAGAGGAAACGGAAAGACUGAUGUCAUUGUGGUUCACUCUUGUCAAUAAGAAGAAUGCUCUCCUGAGGAGACAGAUGCAAUUGAAUAUUUUAGAAAAAGAAGACGAUUUAGAACGUAGAUUUGAACUUUUAAAUCAAGAACUCAGGAGCAUUCUUGCUGUUGAAGAGUGGCAAAAAUCAGCAGAGCAGAAAGUACGAGAGGAUCUUCUGCUCGAAGAAUUGGUUUCUAUUGUGAAUAAAAGAGAUGAAUUAGUACAUCAUCUCGAUACUCAAGAAAGAGCAAUUGAAGAUGAUGAUGAAAUUGAACGUGAUUUAUCGAGAGCCGGUUUGGCGCAAAGAAACAGAAAUUGUGUGAUUCAAUAAGAAAACACAAUUCUUUUUAGGUUUCGUUCUCACGUAGGUAUUUUACCAAAGAAAGAAAAAGCUAUUAACACAAUUGUGUACUUAUUGAGUUGCUUUUCUUUAUCCUGCUUUGAAAAACUUGAAGCUAGAGGAAUAAAAUUAACUUUUAAAGUAACUAGGAUUGAUUAGCACGAUUUUUUUUAGAAAAAUUAAAUAUCUAAAGCUUUUAAUUAUUAUGUUUACCUGUGAAAAUGAAAUGAUUAUUGAAAAUCUUAUUGAAUACCUGUGAUUUCGCAUUUGCAAUUUUCGAUUUGUCACAAAAUUAUUAAUGUUAAUAUUUCUCGAAUUCGAGAGUUAUAUAUUAUCCUUUUUAUAUUGGAAAUGAUUUACAAUCUUUGUUGAUUCAUUAUUAAAAAUUUCAACACAAUUGUGUAAAAACUAAAUUAUUAGAAAUUAAUUAAGUUUGAUAGAAGUUUAGAAACAAAUUUGAUAAAUUUUCACACACAUACACACACACCUAAGAAUUUUUAAUAUUGAAGCAAUAUUAUUGCAAUUUUGUUAGAUAAUGACAAAAGUUAAAUUUUUUGCUUCUCGUAGAUUAUCUUCUUUAGUUAAUAAUUAAUUUUUAAAGGUGACAAUUAUUUUUUUCCUUUCCAUUUUUUGAAACGCGAAAAAAAAUUUGUCACAUACUAAACGAAAUUUAAAGAAGAUUUUUUCUUUGAAUUUUUUCUGGGAUGUCAUUUUUAGUACCUGACUGAUAAUAUAUGUUAUCCUUUUUUUUCUUAUUUUCUUUUUAUUUACCUGAGCAUCCCAUAAUAAAAAAAAAAAAAGAAAAAGCUUAAAUUUCAAUUAAUUUCACGGGUGCAUACUAUUAUUUGCACAUAAAAAAAGUAAAUUUAUUAUAUAUUACCUAUAUAUAAAAUAGAAUCUUCCACUUCUGAUAUUUUUUAUUUCUAUAAUAGUUAUUUUUAUCUUUUUUACAAUUAUUAGAGCGCCAAUUUGAGUAAAGAAAUUAAAAAAUAAAAAUAAGUGUUCGAAAAUUUUUUAAAAUUUGAUAAAUCAAUUUUAAGACUAAUUAGAUAAUUUUAAUCAAAAAUAAAUUUUGUACAUCUCUUAAUAAGAAAAAAUAAACCCAAUUGUUACUAACAUUUUAUAUAUUUAAUAAAUCUAUUUAAAAAUAUUUUCUUAGGCAAAUUUAUGCUAUAUUUCUAAUAAUCUUUUAAUAUAAUAAAUCAUUAUAAUAACUUUGAUAAUUUAGAAAGUGUUUUUAAAAAAUAAUUAAUUUAGAAAAUUUCGAGUCGGAUGUUGAAGAUUCUAUUCUAAUAAAUACAUUAUAUACCUACAUGACACAAUAAUAAAAUCAACGAUAGAUAGAUAUUCACUAUUCUAGCAGAUCUUUCGAACUAUAAAUGUUAUAAAUAUAACGAAAUAUUAAAGAUUUCGACGUAAUUGUUUUUCUUUUUUUUUAAUUUUCGUCAUUAAUUUUUAUAAAAUAAAUGGUUCUAUUACACAAGCAUCUAUAGUUCGAAUGAACUAAAAAUAAUUAAACUGCUGAAAAAACUGUGACAUAAAACUGUACUCAAAAAGCCGUGCCAUAUAAUAUUCGCGACUGACUUCUCUUUGUAUAAAAAAAAAAGUUUCUGCUUAUACAGAAAAAAUCAGAAGUGUCGUAAGUCCAUUGCCACAGUGCAAUUAAACAAACAAACAAAUAUUAAAUUUUAAAGUACCUUCUAGUUUUUUAAAAAGCGUAUAAUCUGUUUUGCAUAUAGAUAUUUUUGUUUUCUCAUUUUUCUAUAGAAUAAGCUCACGUAUAAAUCCACUUUGAGUGUGAUUUACAAAAAAAAAGCAUUUUUUAAUAAAAAAAAUUCUCGACAGUAAGAAGUUUAGCCAAGAAAAAAAUUAAAUGAAUUAAAAAAAUAUAUCUGAUAAUUCAAUCAGUUCAUCUAUGAUAAUCACUAUAAAAAAUUAUCAUAUGUGCAAAAAAUGCAAAGACUAAAAUUAAUUUUAUUAUUUAUUAUUAUUACUCUUUUUAAUCCAGAUUUUUUCCAAAAUUUGUUAAUGAAACAAAAAAAUAUUUUCCGCCAGAAAAGUAGAAAAAAAAUAUUUUUAUGUUCAAAAAAAAUAUUGUCUCAAAGAUUGUUACAGGUGAACUGCGUUUUAAGAAAAAUCAGUGUUAAAUUAAUCUACAAAAAAGAAUAGACUUUCGAUUCAACAAAUAUUUUAUAUAUAUAUUAUAUUUUUUGAUUUUCAUUAAAAAUGAAUUUUUUGAUUAAUUUAACACUCAUUUUAUUAAGUAAUAGAUAAAAUAUACAUACAUAUUUACAUAAUAAGUAUAUACACGAAAAGUAUAAACAAAUCAAACGACUCAUAAAAAAAAAAAAAAAAUAGUUGGGAAAUAUUCUUAGGUUUUUUACAGUGCUCUUUCUAAUAAUUUAACUAGGAAUUCGAUCACUUGCUCGAAUUAUGUUUACCAAUUUACAUAAAACUAUUUAUUUAUAUCAGCAAAUGAAGAAUUAUCUCACUUUAAUAGUUAGAAUCGAAGGAUAUAAAAAUAAAUAAAAAAAUCUCAACACAUCGCAAAUAUUAUUUACUGGCGUUCAUGUAAAUUCAGUUAAAUAAAGAAACAUUUAAAAUUA